AUGUCGCUUUACUGCAGGCGCAAGUACAAGAGCGGGGACCUGGUGUUCGCCAAGCUAAAGGGCUACGCCCACUGGCCGGCCCGGAUAGAGCACAUGGCCGAACCUAACCGGUACCAGGUGUUCUUCUUCGGGACCCAUGAGACGGCCUUCCUGGGCCCCAAGUACCUGUUCCCGUACGAGGAGUGCAAGGCCAAGUUCGGGCAGCCGAGCAAAAGGCGCGGCUUCAGCGAGGGCCUGUGGGAGAUCGAGAACAACCCCACGGUCCAGGCGGCCCACGGCGAGCUCGCCCGGGAGAGGCGCGGCGUGGACGGGCCCGAGCGGGAGCCCAAGGCCGCCGAGGGAGACGCCGAGGGCGGCGGCGACGGGCCGGGGAAGCUGGUCGUCCAAAAGCCUGCGGAGGAAGAGGCCGCGGAGGAGGAGGAGGAGGACGACGAGAAGGGCCCGCUGAAGAGGAACGCGGGGGACCUGCCGGAGGAUGCCGCCAAACGGCCCAGGGAGGCCACCCCCGAAGAGGAGGCGGCAGUGGCGGCGGCGGCGGCCAGCGAGGGCCAGAGGCCUCCCGGCCUGGAGGGGGAGCACGAAGACGCCGCGUCCGAGCCUGGCAGUGCCUGGGAGCCGCCUCAGGAGGAUCAGCGAGAGGUGGACGUCGCAGAGAGGGUGGCCGAGGCCCCGGGCGGCGGCGAUCACGACAGCCUGUAG